UACCUUCUGGCCUCGAUGGCCAUAGACCGGCUGGUGGCCAUCUGCAACCCCUUCCACUAUGAUAUGGUCAUGAACCCACGGCAUUGCCUCCUCAUGCUGCUGGGUUCUUGCACCAUCUCCCACCUGCACUCCCUGCUCCGGGUGCUACUCAUGUCCCGCCUGUCCUUCUGUGCCUCCCAUGUCAUUAAGCACUUCUUUUGUGAUACCCAGCCUGUGCUAAAGCUAUCCUGCUCUGACACAUCCUCCAGCCAGAUUGUGGUCAUGACCGAGACCCUGGCUGUCAUUGCAACCCCCUUCCUGUGCAUCCUCUUCUCCUACCUGCGAAUCAUCAUCGCUGUGCUCAGAAUUCCCUCGGCAGCUGGCAAGUGGAAGGCCUUCUCUACCUGUGGCUCCCACCUCACUGUAGUGGCCCUGUUCUAUGGGAGUAUCAUCUACGUCUAUUUUAGGCCCCUGUCCAUGUACUCAGUGGUGAAGGACCGGGUAGCCACAGUCAUGUACACAGUAGUGACACCCAUGCUGAACCCCUUCAUCUAUAGCCUGAGGAACAAAGAUAUGAAGAGGGGUUUGGGGAAAUUACGGGACAGAAUUCACUCAUAG